UGGCUUGGUUCCGCUGUGGGGGGAUUUGAUGGUAGAGUUUUUGGCAGAAGGAGAUUAUGAGGAUUGCUGUUUUGCCGCGUCAUUUGAAACCCGGGAGGAGGAAGCGAAGAACAAGCGAGAAAGCGUCCCUGACAAGUUACAAGCACCUGCCCCCAAAACUUCUACCGAUCUUUGUCUUAUUCCGACGCAGAGAUGAGUUUCAAUUCGUCUCGAUCUGCGAAUUCCGGGGGGAAAUCUAAGAGAAGCUUCGGCUCUGCGUCUUCGGCGCCUUCCAAUAACAGUAACGGUAGUAAUGGUGAUAAUAACAAGAAGCGGAAUACUAACCAGAAAACCCUAGGCAUGGCUUGGGGCGCCAGUUCUCGCUCCUCCUCUCGUUCUUCCUUCAACAAUUCUCCCUUCUCUGAUUUCGGCAGUUACAUGGUGGUAAAGAAUCAGAAGCUUCAGGCCCAGUUUGAUGCAGAGGCUUCAAGCUCUUCUCGCAGUGGCUCAACUUCUGAGAAGCCUAUAUUUCAAGGGGUUUCUAUAUUUGUUGAUGGGUUCACAGUUCCUUCUAGUCAGGAGCUACGAGGCUACAUGCUGAAGUUUGGAGGAUGUUUUGAGAAUUAUUUUUCCAAGCAUCGUGUUACUCAUAUUGUCUGCAGUAACCUUCCUGAUAGUAAAAUCAAGAAUCUGAGAUCAUUCAGUGGUGGUCUUCCAGUAGUGAAACCCACAUGGGUGUUGGAUUGUGUUGCUGCUAAUAAACUUUUGAAUUGGGUUCCUUACCAACUUGACCAGCUUGCCAGCGAAACUCGUAGCCAACCAAAGUUGUCAGCCUUCUUUUCUAUGAAAAGCAGCUUGAAUAUGGGGGAUGCUGCAACUCUUUGUCAAGUAAAUGAUAAAACUGGGGAUUCAACAUUUAAGGGUGGCACUCUGGGAGAUACAAUACCUUUUGAGGCAGAUGAACUUAUAGAAUGCACAGGGCAGUCUAUUGGUAAAGUUGAUGACCUCAUGCAGGAGAACACUAAUGUAGAAUUAAAGGAGGAAACAACCUGUUGUUAUGGGAAAUCUUGUGAAGCAAAAAUUGCCGAAUCACAACACAUUGAUACAGUAGACGAGUUUAGUGUUAAAAUUGGAAUUCAAGCUAGUUCCUGUGGACCUUCCACUUCAGUUAACAGCUGUUGCUUGGGAAAUCAAAGCUCUGAAGGGUUGACAUGUUCAACAGCUGGGAUUUCUAAUCCCCGCCAUUCUAGUCUUGGGAAUCUAAAUUUUGUGGAAAAUUAUUUUAAGAACUCAAGACUUCACUUUAUAGGAACUUGGAGAAAUCGGUAUCGUAAGCGGUUUCCCAGCUUGUCUAAUGGGUUCAAAUCUACAAAUUCUAAUCUAGAUGCUUCUGUGAAUUCUCGGAAUAUCGCCAUUAUUCAUGUGGACAUGGACUGUUUUUUUGUCUCAGUAGUCAUCAGGAACCGUCCUGAUUUACGGGAUAUGCCGGUGGCUGUCUGCCAUUCAGACAACCCAAGAGGGACAGCUGAAAUUUCAUCUGCAAACUAUCUUGCUCGAGAUUAUGGGGUGAGAGCUGGAAUAUUUGUUAGAGAUGCCAAAGCUCUUUGUCCUCAUCUUGUCAUUGUUCCUUACCACUUUGAAGCUUAUGAGGAGGUUGCUGAUCAAUUCUAUGACAUCUUGCACAAACACUGCAGCAAAGUACAGGCAGUAAGCUGUGAUGAAGCUUUUUUAGAGGCCACCAUCUCAGAAAAGCAAGACCCUGGACUCUUAGCUUCGAUAAUACGAAAGGAGAUCUUUGACACCACUGGGUGCUCUGCAAGCGCUGGCAUAGCUGGCAAUAUGCUAAUGGCCCGCCUUGCUACACGAACUGCCAAACCAGAUGGUCAAUGCUACAUCCCUCCUGAGAAGGUGGAUGAUCAUUUAUGUCAGCUUCCAAUUAAGGCACUUCCAGGAAUUGGUCGUGUUUUAGAGGAGAAGCUGAAGAAGCUCCAACUUGAGACUUGUGGACAGUUGCGUAUGAUUUCCAAGGAAUCCCUUCAAAAGGACUUUGGAGCAAAAACCAGCGAUAUGCUUUGGAACUAUUGUAGAGGAAUAGAUAAUCGGCUGGUUGGAGUAUUCCAGGAAAGCAAGUCUGUAGGUGCUGAAGUGAACUGGGGUGUGAGGUUCAAUGAUUUGGAAGAUACCCGACGGUUUAUCUCAAAUCUUUGCAAGGAAGUGUCUUUACGGUUGCAGGGUUGUGAAGUGCAAGGGCGCACAUUUACACUGAAGAUAAAAAAGAGAAAAAAGGAUGCUCAGGAGCCUGCAAAGUUUAUGGGCUGUGGAGACUGUGAAAACCUAAGCCACUCUAUGACGGUUCCAGUUGCUACUGAUGAUGUGGAUGUACUUCAAAGGAUAGCCAGACAGCUUUUUGGGUUUUUCCACAUAGAUGCAAAGGACAUUCGAGGUAUUGGGUUGCAGGUUUCGAAGCUUGAAAGUGCUGAUAGUGUUAAGCAAGGACAAGAGAAGAACUCCUUGCGAGCAUGGCUUGCCUCUGCCUCAGCGGCAGGUGCAGAAAGAAAGCAUAAAAAUUAUGAUCUACCUAAGGAGAGGAGUAAUAUAGAUUGUGAGCAGUUUGUUGACAAAAAGUCUGGAAAUCUGUGUGGCGAUUCACUUGGAAAAUCAGUUCUAAUAGGCAAUAGCCUCUUCACUGGUGAAGCUUUUUCAAACCAGAUUUCUGGCCUGCCGCCUCUAUGUCAUCUUGAUAGGGGUGUUGUAGGGAGCCUUCCUCCAGAACUAUUUUCAGAAAUCAAUGAAUUAUAUGGAGGGAAGUUAAGGGAUUUGAUUGCAAAAAAUAAAGGCAAGAAUGAAGAUAUUAAUGAUUCUGUGCGACAUGAAAGAGUAGAAGUAGGUGGAAUAGAUGAGGGGAUCAUACCUCAUUCGUUGUUUUCUCCUCUAAGUCACAGCCAAGAAAGGAAGAAGCAGCAUAAAGGUGAGGAAGUUGUGGAAGUUUCUGCUUCCAAAGCAGGAGGCUCAGAUGUGGUUAGUCCUCUUUCAGGUCUUCAGAAUGUUGAUCUGAUGCCUUCGUCUUUAAGCCAAGUUGAUGCAUCAGUUUUACAGCAGCUGCCUGAAGAGUUGAAAGUUGACAUUCUCAAGGUACUUCCUGCACACAGGAAGUCAGAAUGUUCAUCAAAAGUUGUAUUGGAUCCUGUUACAGAAUAUUCUCAUGAGUCAUUUGGUAUUAAGAAUCCUGAAAAUGAUGCAAGAUCAAUGAAUUCUGGUUUGAACAACAAUCUUUGGAUGGGAAAUCCUCCGCUUUGGGUUGAAAAUUUUAAAACCUGCAAGUGUUUGACAUUAAAUAUUUUUGCGAAGAUCUACAACAGAUUGGGCUCCCCUAGAUGUUUUUCUUCAAUUCUGCAGUGCGCUAUUUCUGAUUUACAACUUCCUGAUGAUGCGAGUUAUGAUGGUACAGAUGAAUCUAUUUGCAGCUUGUGUGAGCUUAUUAAGCAGUAUAUUGAAAUGAAAUUGGAGUCAGAUAUUGAAGAGAUCUAUAUUUGUUUUCGUCUUCUUAAAAGGUUUACAAUGAGGUCCAAUUUUUUCUCACAGGUGUACAAUAUGGUCUUUCCUUAUGUUCAGGCAUCUGUUAGUGAAAUCUAUGGUGGGAAAUUGAACCUUUGAUGUGUUAAGAGAUGGCCCAUUUUAUUGUCUGACUACAUUUCUCAAGGAAUAUAUUUUGCAAGUGUGCUCUAGAGAAAGUCCAUACUUCAGUCAUUUCCUUGCUUGCCAAUUUUUUGGCACAUGAUCAAAUUUAAGGAUUGGCUUGCUGAACUUGAUUCAGAAGUCCAUGAUUUGCCACUUAGGUUUGCCUCGGGUUAAAGAGUUUGGCACUGAACUGCACAGAGGACCUGGCAUACUUCAGUUAGCCAUCCACAGUCAAACAUGAAAGUGAACAUUCCUAACAAGACAAUAACUAAAGACUAGAGUUGAAGAUACAUAAAGCUGGUGGAUGGAAGAAUUCCCAAUAAUAUGAUGGGCUUACUGGACUAUGUGCCAAAUUGCAACCAAGAAGAUGUCAUUCAUCUUAGCCUUCGAGUGAUGAUUUCUGUAGAGAUUGGCUUGCUAUCCUAUAAAGUACCUGGAACAAUGAAGAAGAUAAUAACAACAUUGACAUAUUGAUGAGACCAGGAGGCUUGUGGCAAUUUGGACUGCAACAUACUGGCAAUCGUACUCUCUUUCACAACUCGAGGGUUAGAGCAAGGCUUUUUCAGAAUGGAAUUUAGUCCUGAGGAUGACUUUUGCAAAUAGGAAGGAAGACAAAGCUACGAAGCUUGCAGCAAAUUGGGGGGACCUUACAAAGUCUGGGAGGUUCCUUGGCCCAGAAUGUACCGACUUCAGAAAAAAUUGGUGGCAAGUCCAUUCCCCGUGCCUCAAAUUCAGAAAAGCAGUGGUAAAUUGUAGCUAUCCAAGCAAGCUUGCCCAUCUCAUCUUUACCAGAGCUAUCAAGAUCAGAGAACCAUCUCAGAUUGUCCUCCCAAUCAUCUUUAUCGUCAUACUUCAUCAGGUUUAUUCAGGCAGAUUAAACGCAGGUCAAUCAGGUCGCGUGGGAGGCCAACCACUGACUAAUUAAACGCAGGUCAACCGGACCAGGCAGGCGCCCUCUUCUGCAUUUCCAAAGUCGCUGAUGAGGUUAUUCCUGCACGCCUUACCAGGGCACACAAGUAAAAAGGGUUGCCCUAGGGCCCUGGUCAUUAGCAGCAGCACAAGAAUGCCACUUGCGCACAGUGCAAGACUCGCAAGUUCAACUUUUCUUGAGACGUGGGCCCCGGUGCAAAUUGGGAAAUAAAUUCGAAGUGAUAUGCUACUACUUACCGUCGUCUAGCCCAAAUUUGGCACGACUCUCCAUUCCAUCAAAAGAAAAAGAAAAAGAAAAAAUACAACCCCAGCUUAGAAAGCAAUCUGUUCAAAUAGUUGGAGUGAACAUUUUCUCUAUGAUUCACCAUAAAUUAUUGGAAGUUGUAAGAUAAAUAUGAGCAGUAAUGGUUUGUAAUCUGUUUUUUUUUUUGUUUUUUCCUAAAGAGAGUUGAUGGUUUCUAAAAUAAUAUGGAAUAUAUGACCAUUUGAAUUGACCCGAACAUCUAAGCGGCGUAAGCUAUUUCAUUCCUGGUAACAAGCUGGGCCGCCGGAAAGAGGUGGGGGAGAGGGAAAGGUUAGCGUCGGUGUGGGCGCCGGCUGCUUUCUGCCAUUCAAAUUCGAUGUGCUUUUGUAAUAGGGAUUUUGGUAAAUGGGAUUUUUAAUGGCGUGUUUAAUGCGCCUCUCUCCCUAGCGUGAUAUCCCAUUCUCAUUUCAUUC